UGUUGGCAGGCGGCGCCGGGGCAGAGGCGCUCCUGGCAGCCGGUGCGAACGGGGGCGCGGCAGGGAGAGGAGACCCCGGGCGGGAUGGGCGGCAGCGAGAGCAGCCACGGCGGCAGGAGGGUCACCUUCGGGCUGGACGAGCGGGACCAAGUCCGGGUGCUGCAGGGCAUCAGGCUCACUGAAGAUGUAGUGAACCGAAUGAAAGAAUCUUCUCAAAGUAAAAGGGACAGCCAGAGAUCUCCCCGUGCAUCCGAUGGCACAGCUCCAUCUUCACUGGCUGCAGAAGGGAAACCCAAAUCUACAGGAAUCCAUCCACCGGUGUCGAGUGACUCUGCUGCAGAGCAGGAGCUGUACAGGAGGUAUGAGCAAGAACAUGCUCUGGUCCAAGAGGAGUUGCUCCGUCUGGCCAAAAGAGAAAGGGAAGCAGCCAGUGAGGCCAGGGAAAGGGACAGCAUUAAUGAGGAGAAGCAGAGAACAGCCCACAUGCCUGCGGAUUUGGACGCCUGGGCUGUGGAGCUGCAAGGCAGGGAGGCAGAGUUGAAGCGACAAGAGGCCUUCUAUAAGGAGCAGUUGGCCCGCAUUGAGAGGAAGAAUGCAGAGAUCUACAAGCUGACAUCCGAGCAGUACCAGGAGGCAGCUGCCAAGGCAGAAGAGUGGAUAAAGAGGAGAAACACUGAUCCUGUCUGUGCAAACCUGCAGUCUGAAAUUCUGAAGUGCUACCAAGAAAACAAACGUGAAGUGCUCAAAUGCUCGGAGCUGGCUAAGGAAUAUCAGCGCUGUGUUAGCGCAGCUCAGAAGGUAUACAGUGCCCAUAUGUGUGAGCGCCGCGGUGCAACUGCCUAAAGGGAUGUUAGAACAAAGGAGCUGUUAGUUAAUUCUGGAUAAACAUCAGCCGCCAAAGAGCAGAGGACAGGGACCACAGAUGCCCUUGGAAGCCCCAACAUCCUUCUGGACAGACACUGACCAAAACCGGUGCCUUCUGCCCUUCAUGAUCCAAGACAGCAACAUGAUUCCUCUUCUAAUUGCCUGCAUGUAUCAGUCUCACUGUGGACAUUCCUGGAGUUGGGAGAAGAGUCCCAGGAGAGGGGGAUGCCAUAGUUUCUUUUUAUUGUUCUCCAAUGUAAAGAAUCGUGUUGACCCCAGGGGCUUCCAGUACAGCCUGUAGCUUGGGGUCUUGCCUGACAUGAGCCUGAUUCACCCUGUUCUAGCUUUGGUUUCACCAACCUACAUCUGAGUUUCAAGAGCUGUUACCUGUCUGUUUGCUCUGGGGAAAAGAGUCCAAAGUAUUUGGAAGUAACCCUGACUAGCUUGUUAGGAUUAACUGUUCCUAUCAUGCUCCCAUUGGUCACACCAGCAGGCGUGUUCCUUCCCUUCCAGGGUUCCCUCCUAAACAAUAAAGUGUUUAAUGGUC